AUGGGCAGCUUUGCAAGACGCAACGAAGGAAACGACAGCUACCUUAUGAACCAGCAGCUAGCAGUCCCGGGAACUUAUAGCCACUCUCAUGGAUUGCCAACGGCGAACCAUGAGUUCAAUGCAACGGGAUCCGGCUCGUACCACUUCCCUCAGCACUCUUUCAAUCCAUAUGGAUCUCAAUUUGGCCCGUCCUAUGGCCAUCACUCAAGUUUGACCCCGAUGCAACAUAUGCAGUAUCCAUCGGACCAUACCAUUCCCUCAAUGUCCACCUCGGAUGACAUGAGACUACAGCACCCUCCUUCGCAGUAUAUGCCACCAUCCCGGUAUCUACAAGCACCUAGAUAUCUCCCAUUGCGCGAUGCCCUUGGUGAAACAGAGAUUGAAGACCAGGAGUCUCACAAUGAGAACGCUAUGCUGUCGGAACCCGUUUUGCCCCCACUGGAUGGCUUUCCUGAUGUGAAGGAUUUCGAUCAAUUGAUGCAGAGCUAUGUCGAUGAUCUAUCGGUAAAGAAGCAGGAUAAGGCAUUGAUCCAUGCUAAAAGAGCACGAAACAUCAAGAAUGUGCUGAAUGACCCCAAGGACACGGCAAUUGAGUCUGCACAGUUCCGAUUCUGGGUCAAGAAGAUGUUCAAGCUCCAGACUGUCGGUAUGGGAACAGACGAUUGCCGCAAAAUGAUCUGCCAUGAAGGAAAGCCUGUCGCCAUUCGAGAGAAACUAUUCAAAAUCCUCACCAAAGCCCAUCAGCAAUGCCAGCACGGCGGUCGAGACAAGACCUCGGCACAAGUCCGACGCAUCUAUUCAUGGGUGCCUAAGGAGCUUAUCUCCCGCUUUGUGAAGAUCUGCCCGACGUGCCAAGUUCGCCGCGGGGGCUCGCGCCUGACGCCGCCCAAUUCCCGGAGAGGCUCGCCUCGUCUGGAGAUGGUAUCCCGAUCUCCAAAGCUGCCAUCGCCGCCAAGAUCUAGACGGGAGUCUACAUUCGGAGGCCAGGUAGCGCUUGACAGAGCCCAGUCGGACUACUACACCCAACUACACGGCCACAGUGGUGGCUGGAUGGACAACCACGGAAGUAUUCAAAGCCGCUCUGCAUUGGGCACUGGCGUGCGCACUCCUCAUGGGUUGAGUACUAUUCCGCACUCGAUUGCUGGAACGUUAGAUCCGUUCUCAGGUGAAUUGUCCGUGCCGCCCUCGCAGCUAAGCUACUCGACAAACUAUGUCCCAAAUUAUGGGGCACCGAAUCAGCGUGAUUUCUAG